ACACAGACCACUACCAUCUCACCUUCCUCCGCAUCGUCACCAACGUCCCACAGACCCUCAGAGCGGCCUUUCAGACAGUCCAGCAGCCACUUCUGACCUCGCCGCCUCCUUAAGCCAUCACUUCAGUCGUUAAAGCGCUCCCAGAAGCUCCGGCGAAUUCUUCACUGACUUUCGCCAGGCUACGCACCAGAGCAUCUCUCACCACCCCUCGCAAUACUUUCAGGCUAACGACAGACCUCGAAGAGUAUUCCUGGAAUUUACCAGAUCUUGUAAACAAGACACCAAGAUUAGCCAACUAUAUUCUCAUUCCGAUUCACCCGUCCCUGUCCGCUAAGCACUAAUCCCCGCAAUGGCUGCAAGACCGUCUCGCUCAGCGAGCAUACCUAUACCGGGUAGCACUGGUCGCAGUAUUGAAGAUGUCAUUUCCAUGCCUUUCACGGCGUCGACGCCCGCCCGCCCUCGACUUGUUAGCGGUACUCGUCUUCACGUUCCCUCGAGUCCGGAGCGACCGGUUUUGGGUCGAAUGCCUGCCUCUACGUCGCCAGUGCGCACACUAUCCGGAGGAUAUGCCUCUGCUUGGGGACGUCCACCCGCUCCGCACGUCGCCAGUGCACCCGUCUUCGAGCCCCGAAUUAUCCGGGCUACCACAGAACCUGGCUGUACCCCUGCUCCUGUGACUCCCAUCCAAGUAUCUCCUAGCCGCGCGCGCCGUCCUAGUGUGCGAAGGCAAUCCACGACCGCUGCGCCGACCAUCGCCACCAGCAUGUCUCGCACGCCCAUACCGCUGGUCGCUUCGUCAUCCACCUCCUCUUCCUUAUCAUCUACUGCAUUCCCCCGGCCGGCAUAUCUCGAGCACUCCGCCUUGCGUGACUUGCUCUUCACAGAUGCUCAGCCCAGCCACCCUCUGAGCUUGGUCGCCGAGACCGCUACGGCGUCGCACAUGAGCACACCGGUGCCCGCGCCAUAUCCUUACCUCCGCCGCGACACUACUCCGGGUAUGGAUACCGACGAAGAGAGCAACAUGAGCUCGUCACCACCGCCUGUCAGCAGGACCCCGGCUCCGGCUCCGGCUCCUGCUCCGGCACCGAGCGCGCUGCUCACGAACCCGGCACUGCGCUUGCCGACGCGGUGGAGUGAGCAGGACAGGCACCAUUUGCUGACUGUCUCGGGCGACGGCAGGGAGCUGACAUUCUAUGGCCAAUCCUGCAGCGGAGAUCGUGACUCUGCCGCUGCACGUGCGAACCAUCCCAUCCCUCCGGCCUGUGGUAUUUACUACUAUGAAGUCGAGAUCCUGCAGAAGGGUGCGAAGGGUCAUAUUAGCAUUGGGUUCUCGUCUCCGGAUGUGCGUCUCUCUCGUCUCCCUGGCUGGGAGAAGCAGUCUUGGGGCUAUCAUGCCGAUGAUGGAUGGUCGUUCCCUGGGCACAAAGACGGCAAUUCCUACGGACCCACGUUCGACACUGGGGACAUCAUUGGAUGCGGCAUCGAUUUCACGCAGCACCGUGCGUUCUACACAAAGAAUGGAGCUUUCCUCGGAAUGGUCUUUGAGAACGUAGGCAAGGGUAUCGAUAUCUACCCUUCCGUCGGUCUGCGACACACGUCGGAGUCUAUCCGCGUCAACUUCGGACACGCGUCAUUCAAGUAUGCCAUCGAAGACCAUGUCCAUGCUCAGCGCAAUGCUGUUUGGGCGAACGUUCAAUCUACUCCGAUCGACUGGGACCUGUUGUACGGCAAGGAACGCAAAGAAGACACCGCCGAUGAGAAAUCCGAAGCUGUCAAAGGUGGUGUACCGAAAGGUGGUGCUCUCGAGGAAGAGCAGAUGAAGGCACCGCUGCGGAAGCUUGUUUUGGCGUAUCUUGCCCACCAUGGAUACGCUAGGACAGCAAGAGCGUUCCAGGCGCAGUGCGAGGGCAGGCGUGAGUUCGCUGAAUUCGCUGAUAACGGGAUGGACUUGGAUGAGGGUCCUCGGGCAUCUACCUCUUCCUCUGGACUGGACGCCGAAUUAGAUCUUCGCGCUCGUAUCGACAUUGUCAACGCUAUCCUGAAGGGCGAUAUCGACACUGCUAUUGCCCAGACUCAGGAGCACCACCCCGUCGUUCUAGAACGCGAGCAGGGUCUCAUGCUUUUCAAGCUCCGCUGCCGCAAGUUUGUCGAGCUCAUCUUAGAGGCGAGCGAUGCCCUCAAGCGUGUCCAAGCGGAAGAGAAGAGCGGGAUACAGCCUGAGAAGCUUGCACAGCCCACGCCGGAUACGAUGGAUGGAUUGGGCGCGAUGGACGUGGACGAACCGUCGCUUGAGGCCCAUCCCGCGUCCAUCUCGUCCCUGGAUGGUUCUGUCCCGCCUGCCGCCAGGGACUCCAACCACCACCCCUCGACUAUGACUCCGCGCGGAGCGCCCUCGGGCUCGCCCGCCCCCGCAUCUGCCGCCCAGGCGCGCGCGGCGCUCGAGACGGCCAUUUCGUACGGCCAGAAGCUCGAGGCGGACUACCGGAAUGACCUCCGCCCCGAGGUGCGCAGCCAUCUGAAGCGCACGUUUGGCGUCGUCGCAUUUGCGGACCCCCUCGCUGCGGGAGGGGAGGUGGCCGAGAUGGCGGGACAGGAGGCGAGGGCACGCCUCGCUAACGAGCUGAACCAGGCUGUCCUCGAAUCGCAAGGCAAGCCUGCCCACCCGGCUCUUGAGACGCUGUACCGCCAGACCGCGGCUUGCGUCGUGCAGCUCGGCCUCCUCGGCGUCGGGGCUGCCGCCUUCGCGGACAUGAACAAGGAGUUUUUGGAAGCAUGAAUAACCUGUGAACUAGGAUCCAGGUGCUGUCCCGUGUUUUGUCUUUGCUCAUCGUGUAUAAUUGGACUGUUUUCGGUCGCCUAUCUCACCUCGACUCAGUGUUUCGUUUGUACACUACUACGUCCCAAAUCUCCACACUCUGUAACAUGUUACUGUCUUUCAUCCAGCCUGACCAUUUUAUUCCCACGUUGAAGAUUUCGGCGCUGUGGUGAGGUCAUUAUGUUUUCAGCGACUCAUUUGACCUUCAGUGUAUGAGAAGUGGAAGGUAUCAUCGCCUGGCCCUGAAGUGAGACAGAAGAAU